AUGUCACCUUUGUCAGCCAGGCCGGUGACGGUGAGCGAGGACGGAGCGACAGAGGCAGCGGCCACUCGGACAAGGACCGUCCACGUCCGCAGUUGGCCCAGUCUACUCAAGCUCUCUCUCUCCACCCUCAACCCUUUCCGAACUCGUCCCACUCUCACUCCCGAUCCAACCUCGGCUCCAUCUCCAUCCCAGUCCCAAGCCGUGCACCGUGGUCACAUCGAGGGACACCCAGACGAGGGACAUGGUCGAGAUAGCAACAUUCACAUCCACCCCGACAAGAUCCCCCGACUUGGUCUCUUCCCCACACCCAUCGGCCGCCUGGCGAGGUCGAGCGAUGGCGAUGGCGAUGGACCGAUGAAACGUGUCAGAAAUGUAUCGGAUUGGUCGGAAGAGACGGUACAGAGUCUAGGCCCCAUGACACCUACCAGCGCUUGGAUGAACCCGACGACGUCCACCCAUCCCUUUCUCACGCACCAUCCUCCUCCUCCUCCUCCCGCCCCCACUCUCCGAUACGGACACGUCCUAUCCCCGCUCGCCCGCCGAGCCUCUUGGAUGAACGACAACCAGCUGACCAGAGUCUUCUAUCGGUUCGCUCGGGCCAAGAGGGAACCAGAUCUCAAGAGCGCCAUGACAAUGCUCGCUUCCCACCUCGUCCACGAACUCAAACCUGACCAAGAUGACGGACCUCGGUUGUUGAUGGAUAGUGAAAUGUCUCUGAGGCGUAUCCAUGUUCCACACGGUGGCGGUGGAUCUGGCAAGAUGACCGAAUUCAAUGAGACAUUGAUUCAGAAAACUCUGCAGUCUUUGAGUACGACAGCUCGCAAUACCGACGACGAAGCCAGUGGUCGUAAAAGGGAUAAAAGCAUUCGUACACCCGACUUUGGCAUCUUCAUCUCUACAUCCGACCCCACCCGUUACGAUCCCGUCACUCGAAUCGUUUCCACCAGUUGCAGCGACACCGGCACGUCGUCGUCGGCUUCGUCAAGUACCAAACGCACUCGUGUCACGUUGUUAAAAGAGGAAUACGAUUCAUCGGUCCACGUCGCCGCCAUGAUCUUGGAAGUGAAAUGGCAGAAACACUUUCAAGCUCUCUGUCAAGCCAUCUGUUACCUGUUGACGGCCGAAGAAAUGUGUGGUACUCCCUUCGGGCUCGUCAUGAGUUGCCACAAGUUCUCUCGACUCUUCACUGUCGGUCCUUCUCACGUCGCUCUGGAAACCCGAAUCGCUGAUGAUUGGGGAAAAACCGUUGAUUUAUGGAGCAUGCAUGUGGUCUCUGGUGGACCGGAAAGGUUUCUCGCACACUCCCUCUCCCCCCAAUCUCCCCGUCAGGGCUUGCAAGCUUUUUCUGUAUUGUGUGAAACCGUUCGGAGGGUGUUGAUCUCAGUCGGAGACAUCGAGGUGGGUAAGGAUCUUUGGAACAGUGGGUUUGUCGAAAAGGCUAGACGGAUCAUUCGUAACAAUGUUAUCAGGAAUGCCCUCAGGAGAUUGUAUCCGGAUGUGUAUGGCACACGGGGUGCCAAGCCUACUGGGGAUCCCGGCGGGGAUGGUGACCACGGCGGGGGUGGUGAUGGUGAUGGUGAUGGUGGUGGUGGUGGUGGUGGUGGUGGAGGAGGAGGAGGAGGGGGUGAUGACGGUCCAAAAACAGGACCCGAUGUUGAUAAUACCAGUAUCAGUCUGACACCUGUUCCCUCUGUCGUUCCCAACAACAAUGUUCCCAACAACAAUUGUCGAGAUGAUAAACUCGCUGAUCCUCUCCCACUGACAAUCGACAACCUGGCCCGGGUCGCCAAGGAUUCCGAAUGGGAACAUCUCGCCCGAUACAUAAAUCAAGAUGCUGUAGAACUAGCAAGCUCACUUGAUCCCGGAAGGGGUGGUAGCUGUUUCACGUUGGAUCAAGAAGGAUAUGAUCAUCGGUCCAGAGAAAACGAAAGCGUCGAUGUCGAUGCCGACUCUUCAACUUGUUCUUUCGAGAGAAAGAAGAAAGAUAUCAUGACGUCGACAACCUUAUCAUUCGUCAUAUUGUUACUCUGUCGUACACGUGUCACUUUGAUCAGUACGAAUCAAGCUGACAAGAUCUUUGAAGAAAUCAGCACCAUUCCGAAGUGUCACCGUCACGACGUACCCAUCAAGCAAUCAAUAGGUACCUUGGCCCUGUCCGAGAUCGACCGAGAUCAUGUCGAAAACCCAGAGGGAUCCGACAGUUGGAAUUACUAUCUCGACUCGGAACGCCAGCUUGAAGAAGCCGGCCAGGUUUACCAGGCGUUUUGAAAUGAUUUCUUCAGAGUCUUCUCUUUCUACCAUUCUCAAGCGCUAUACUCAUCCUAAAAGGACGAAACCAUGCAUGAACUGAGCUUUUCCAUCAUUUUCUCUUUCUCUUCCAAAGCUCGCGACCCAACCUCAAAAAUCAUCUCCGGUGCAAAUGAGAAGAGAAAGAAGACGAGAAAGUAAAAAGGAAAGGCUAUCGCUCGGGCGGUCGGUGUCGGUCGCAAUGCCACUUGGCCAAAUCU